AUGGAGAAGAAAAACAUGGGGAGGCGAAGGGUCGUGGCACAAACAAAGGCUCCAGUGCAAGGGUGGUCUCAGUCUCGGCAAACAUGGCCGGUUGAUCGGAAGUCCCAGGACUAUCAUGUUUUCAUGGACAAUAUCAGUAAGAGGAUCCAUCAUUCAACACUGAAGGAAGCUUUCUCCGUCUAUGGCGAAGUAAUAGAUGUUUUCAUAGCAUACAAUAAAAGGUAUGGAAAAAAGACAACCUUUGCCCUUGUGAGAUAUAAGAAAUUGACUGCAGCUAAUCGUGCAAUAGAAAUGGGAGAUGGGAGACUGAUGGACGGUCAUUUCAUCAGGGUGUUUAAGGAAAAAAGCUUUCAGACCAAACCUACGUAG